AAUUGACUUGGAAUUAUAAGUUUGCAGAGCUGAAUUCAAUGGAUAUUCUGCGGAAACAAAGCGCUUGCUUUUGGUGGGCCAAGGGUCUAUCAUUCAUCUACAGUGCUUGCUUUUCGUUUUCCUUUUGGCCUUUGUCUCUCUGCUGCAACUUGCAAGGCUCAAUUAUUCAAUAUUAGAUCGAACAAUCGACUAUAAGAGCGAUGGUAGUCGGUGCGCGAAGGAACACUGUCUUCUUUUCUGCUACCUUUCUAUCUCUGUUUGUAACAUCAUUGCUUCUGACUAAUGGUGAAGCUUUUGGUUAUCCAUCAAUUGUGAAGCCUCCAGCCUCUUGGACUAACGUCGUCUCAACUGACUUUAGCUAUUGGGAAUCAGCAGGGGUGAGACCUAUCUUGAUCAAUGGUAAUUUUGUUUGUGGCUUCCACUGCAAAUUUGAAGGAACCGCCUGCCUCUUUGCGGUAUCGAUCUUCCCAUCUAGUUUCGGUGGCAACUCCAGCUUUUCUCCACAACUGGUAUGGUCUGCUAAUCGAAAUAAUCCGAUUGGACUUUGGGCAAAAUUGCAACUUUCUCAAGGGGAUUUAACACUGCAAGAUGAUUAUGGCACUCUGGUUUGGUCUACAAACACAACAGGUAAAUUUGUUUCAGGAAUGAAGUUAACUCAUCAGGGUAACCUUAUGCUGUUUGAUAGAAACAAUGAGAUGGUUUGGCAGUCUUUUGAUCAUCCGACAGACUCUUUGGUUAUUGGGCAGAGGCUAGUUUCUGGGCAGAAAUUAGUGGCAAGUAUUUCAGCCACAAAUUAGAGUGAGGGUCUAUAUUCGUUUUCAAUUGAUGAUGAUGGUUUUGUAGCUUCUGCAGGAUCAGAUGCUACCAUAGCCUAUUACCGAUUCUUUAUGUAUCCAACAAGAAGCCAAACGGGGCAGUUUUAUGUUGAGCUCACGAAAAUAAGUUUUGGUCUCUUUUUUCCAGGAUCCGGAGUAAGUUUCAUACAGUUAGGCUGUGAUGGGCACUUGAGGUCCUUUGGGUGGGUAGAAUCAAACUGGAAGGAAGUCAAGGAUUUCAUUGGGAAUCAACUCAAUCGAUGUGAUUACCCACUGGCCUGCAGAAGAUAUGGAAUUUGUCUAGAAGAAGGAUGUAGUUGCCCAAAACUGGUUGAAAAAAAUGGACCUAUGUAU